AUACAAUAACGCAACGGAUGAUAAGUUUUUGAUAUACUGAUCUCGUAACCUUUGCUUCAAAUUACAAAAGACAGAAUAGUUACAGGAAGUGUUUAAAUUGAACCAAUAUCACUGAAGCCUAUGAUAAUCAAAAUGGAGCAAGGCAUCACCGCAGACGACUCUGAAACAUUGCAGACGACAGAACAGGAAGUUUCUGAAAGCUCUAAUCGGAAGAAAGUCGGAACUCUGAAAGAUGAUGCUAGCAACUUUUGUCUUUCCGACCGUUUGUCAGAUGUCAGUUUUAUAUUCAAAGAAAGUUCAACGAAACUUCCGGCUCACCGAUUACUUCUGAGCAUGCGCAGUAAGGUAUUUGAAGCAAUGUUCUACGGACCGAUGGCUGAAACCUCUGGCACGAUAUUGAUAAAAGAUACCGACAUAUCAACGAUGAAAAUUAUAUUAAGAUUCAUAUACUCAGAUGAAGUCGAGCUUGAUGGUAAAAACGUAACCGGAUGUCUUUACGUUGCCAAGAAAUACGCUCUGGACGGUUUGGUCGCGAAAUGUACGGAGUUUCUAGCAAACACGAUUGCAGUUGGCACUGCCUGUACAAUAUACGAGCAAGCCAAGGUCUACGACGAGAUACCACUUCAAACAAAAUGUUUUGAUUAUAUUGUUGAGCAUUCAAAUGAUAUUUUUCUGUCGGCAGAUUUCCUUACUCUUUCUUACGACAGUCUUUUAGAAAUUAUGGCUAGUGAUUGCCUAAGCAGUGACGAAUCCUUGAAUUUCAUGGCACUAAAAAGAUGGGCUGGAUCCGAAUGUGUGAAGCAAGAUUUAACGACGACACCGAAAAAUAUUAGAUCAUGUCUUGGCGAGAUCGUGUUUCUGGUACGUUUCCCGUUGAUGUCCAUCGACGUAUUCGCAAAGGCAGUUGCCCCUACCGGAAUACUGACGUAUGAAGAAAUGCUGAUGAUAUACCAUCACCUAGCAACGAAAACUGGGUCACCGGAACAGGAACACAUCGGACGAUUUUCUAGUAAAACAAGACAGAUAGUCGUUAGAUUUGAUCGUGUAAAUCAAUCACCGGGAUCUUCCGAUUGCUUAGUUGUUUUAAAUACCUCGAAACCUGUGCAAUUAGUGUCUGUAAAAGGUAAAUUUGUGAUACAUGUUAGUAGUAUCCACCUGACAAAUACGGGGCGGCAUAGAUCUGAUAAAAUACUGUUUAACGUACAUGACGAUACGCUAGAUCUACUUGAGCCAUUGACACUGAAGCCAGAGAAUGGUACCAUCCAUAUUGAAUUUCAAGCAAGGAGUGGCGUAUAUGACGAUUCUUCGAGGUCAACAAGUGUAAAUAUUUCGCGUACUAUCCGAGACGUCAUUAUAAAUGUUAAACGUAUACCUUAUGGACUUCAGACACUGGUAUUUAAGGAAAUUUGAAUAUUGUUUUUAAGUUUUAUUGCAUAAUGAAUAUACAAAAUGUUUAUACAGUAUCUACAGUAAAGAAAUGAAAAAUAAAUUCAUAAUAACACUUG